AUGGAUCAAAUCCAAACACAUCCGUCCAACGCCGCGCAGGCAAAGACCUUCAUCGCUCCCGGUUCCCUCUCCUUCCCAGGUGGCGCUGGUGAAUUGACUCCUCCCACCGAGGCUGAUAAGCAAAAUGGUCAGAGAAACGGGCAGAUGAACGGUAGUCAACAGCAGCAAGGUCAAGGCCAGUCUGGUAACGGGGUGACUCCCGCGACCCCAGCUGCGACUCCUGGCGCUACGUCGACGGGUGUGAGCGGUAUCGUUCCUACCUUGCAAAAUAUCGUUGCCACCGUCAAUCUCGAUUGUCGUUUGGACCUCAAGACGAUCGCCCUUCAUGCGAGAAACGCAGAAUACAACCCAAAGCGUUUUGCGGCUGUCAUCAUGCGUAUCCGUGAACCCAAGACCACGGCUCUGAUCUUCGCCUCGGGCAAGAUGGUUGUGACUGGCGCCAAGUCCGAAGAUGAUUCGAAGCUUGCAUCACGAAAGUAUGCUCGUAUUAUCCAGAAGCUCGGUUUCAACGCCAAGUUCACCGACUUCAAGAUCCAGAACAUCGUCGGCUCUUGCGACAUCAAGUUCCCCAUUCGUUUGGAAGGUCUUGCGUCACGCCAUCACAACUUCAGCUCUUACGAGCCAGAGUUGUUCCCGGGUCUCAUCUACCGUAUGAUCAAGCCCAAGAUUGUGCUCUUGAUCUUCGUUAGUGGCAAGAUUGUCUUGACCGGAGCCAAGGUCCGAGAAGAGAUUUAUCAAGCCUUUGAAAUGAUCUACCCGGUGCUUCAAGACUUCAAGAAAGUCUGA